GUGAAUCGUACUAGAAACCCUCGUCACUGUGAAAUCACAUUGGCCUGAUUCGAUUUCGUGUCUCUGUCGAUUAGCCGCGAGUAGGCGAAGUAAAAAUUAUCUUGGACCUUUAGUUCUGGUGCCGAGAUUGGAAAUUGAUGGGAGGAGGUGCAUAGAAGAGCUUGUAAAAGGUUGCGGUGCGAUCCGGCUGUGAUAGUCAGUCGACUUUCCUGGCAUUCCAGGUGACGAUUGCAGGCAUGGUGUUUGUGGAUCGGUGAUUAUCGUUGAUGCCGUCAUCUUAUUUGGCUGGGGUUGUGGAAGCUGAGGUUGGUUUCUCUGGUUACAUUUGGCCUGGCGGAGUUAGGGUUUGUGGUUACUUGAACUGUGGAAGCUGCUGUAUUGAGAUUCCUUGGAAAGAAGGUUUAGGGUGCGUUUUCUUGCGCGAAGGAUUCUGAAUUUUGUAGUGGUAGCAAUCAUCAUGACUUCUUCAAUCUGUGAUGAUUUCGUGCAGUAGACGGUUGUAACAUUUCCAAUUACGAACGGAAUGGUGUGUAGGGUUCACAUAUUGCAAGGGCUAUAUGCUUUGUGACUUGGUGGUAUAUAGAGGUGUAGUUACAGUGUUGUAGCAACGCUUUCGUUGUGAUUCUAUUACACCUAUUACAGUCAAAAUAGAUACCACAGAGGACCCCGGGUUUACCAUGGGAGAACAUGAUGAUGAGGAGCUCCAGCGGGCUUUUCGAAUGAGUCUGCAGCCUGCUCCUGAUGCCAAGCGCAGUAAACCUCGCGAUGUUACAGGUUUUACUGAAUCACCAGAAGCUAUGGACCGGCGACUUCAGCGGGAGCUUCGAGCUGCUGCAGCAGAACAAAGAAGAUUGUCUGCCCUUGGGACCCUCGAUCCAUCUUCUUCUGUGUCAGUUGACAAUACUGUUGCCUCACCCCUGACUAAACUCAGGACGUCUACGAAGCCGACGGACCGAUUCGAAGGUCUUGUGCCAUUGCGGGAUGCCGUAGAGAAAACGAACUCGAAUAGAGCAAAGAGGAGAGUGGAGGACGAGCCUCAACAGCUGCCGUUGCGAGUGGCUGAACAGUUGCACAUGAUGAUAUUUGGUGGCAAUUUCUCCAAGGAUGUUCUCUGCCAGUGGUGUCACCAAGGCUUUAGGAUCGGCGAAGGAAAUUUCCAAGGUCGUAAGGCUCUGGGAUUUUGCAGGUUCAGUCCUGAUGCAGAGACAUCAUUAGGCCUUGUUCAACGGGAAGGGGGUCCUUGUGGAGUCUUGGCUCCAAUUCAAGCUUUGGUUUUGAAGUAUCUUUUAUUUAUAACGGAAGAUGAGGAGGACAUUGGUAUGAAAGGCAAACCUGCCUUGCGAUCCUCUCCUUUGAAGCCACUUCUGACGGGCAGUAAUGAUGCAGUCGAAGUUAAGCUGAUAUUUUCAGAUACCCAAAGAACCUGGGCCCUUGUUCAGGCUAUGGCUGAGACACUUUGGCGUGCUGGAGGUAAGCGAAAAGCUGUGGUUGCUGUGUUAGAUAUCCCUGAAAUGUAUUGCGAGUAUGGCAGCAAUGAGCAAGAACAGGAUGAGGCUAUUGCAAAGGCGUUGGAAGUGCUCUGUCUCAGCUCUGGGAAGGAGUUGCACCGAUUGAUCAGAGUGUCUACAGUGACAUCCAUUUCCACUCUACACCAACAACUCUGCAGUUUGCUACCUGAAUUCAGAAGUCCAUGGGGAGCUCUUCUACUUUUGUUCUCGCUUCUUCUGUCCAGAGGCCUUGACUUGGUUUACUCUGACAGGGAUGAUCCAGUUCAGCCCAUGGUGACAUCUCCAUUUGGUCAUGCCUCUCAGGAAAUUGUGAAUCUCCUCCUGUGCGGACAGGCCGUUUCCAAUGUAUUUGAUAAUAACAUGGACUUAGGGGGUGUUAGUAUAAAGGGAAUUUCAACUGAUGUUGAAGUCGGGUUCCUCACUCUCCUUGAAUCACUCAAUUUAUGUCGAGUCGGCCGCAACUUGAAAUAUCCUAGGUGGCCUAUUUGGGUGGUUGGGAGUGAAUCUCAUUACAGCAUUCUAUUUGCUCUCGAUCCUUCAGUGCAAGAGGAAUCAGACAUUGAGGACCACGAGAUACGAGUGCGUCAAGCAUUUGAUGCUCAGGACCAGAGUGGCGGAGGAGGGUUCAUUAGCCCUGAAGCUCUGCAAAAGAUUUUGCUUGACCUCAACAUUCAAGUGCCGCAGGACAUGCUGAACAACCUUUGCAGCAGUGACAUUGUAGUAUGGAGCGAAUUAUGGCAAGCCCUUCUGCAAGUUGACAGGAGCAAAGGUGGCCUGAAGGACCCCGGUGCUGUUCUUGGCAAGCGACAGUUUAAAGUUUUUCACUUCAAUGGAAUUGCCAAGACAGUAGCCUCCAGUGGAGAUGUGACGCAGCAACGGCCGCGAUUGACCAUGAUUCGGGUAUCUGUCCCUCCCAAAUGGACCCCUGACACAGUCCUGGUGGAGGAGUACAAGGCGAUGCAGCAAUGUGAGGUCUCUCAAGGCUCUGCAGUCGCGGGUGCUUCAAUUCCAGAACCUGCCCAGCAUGCCCCCCUUGUUGAUUGCAUACGCACACGGUGGCAACGCGCAACUUGUAACUGGACCGGUGAUGCCCCCAGUAUCGUGUAACAGUUCAGUUUGACUCUCAUUACCAGAUACUUUAUUUUCCAAUUUUCCAAUUUUUCGAUUUUUUAAAAUUUGUAGUUUACUUUCUUACUAUUUUCCAAUCGCCUCCCUUCUUUUUCAUUUUCUGUACCCCUCCCUUUAUCUGAUGGGCAAUGCCAUUGUCCGAUUUAUGCCAACUUUGAUAGAUUUGUAGAUUUUCAGAUGAGUCGGUCUUGACGAGUUGCUGAGUUGUCUUUAACAGGGUGUGCUAAACUGUACUAUUUCCCCCCUAUGAAUAGUGGUACUACUUGAGAUUUACAGGUAAAUUUGGUGACUAACAGGUUGAUCAGCAAUCGAUAUUUUGCUUACCGCGGAUUUACGUCUGCGUUGCUAACUUUUGUGAAAUCCUUCUUUUGUAAAUUCCGUUCAUGUGGAUCGUAGUCUAACUGUAUGGUUUAAAAGUAGCUUUAGUGUUACAACCAUGCUGGUCUGCAGUAGGUUGAAACCAGCAUUUGAAGCCAGCCCUUCUCAGACAAUACAGAAGCUACUAUGUUCUCUCUUGGA